AUGUUCUCCCGCGCCAGCACCAGCGCCGCUCAUGGCGCCAGGUCUGUCCAUCUUGUCUCGAGGGGCUGUCGUCCUCUCGCCGCCGCCGCCUCGUCGCCAGUCCCUGGCGGCGUGUUUGCGAGUGUAAGUGUGACUGCCGAACGCUGUUACUCGACCGAAGUAUCAGGCGGCAAUGUCAAGAACAUCGCCGUCAUAGGCGGCGGUAUCACCGGGUUGUCGACGGCGCACCACCUCGCCAAGUUUGCCCCCAAGGGAACUUCCAUCACGCUCUACGAAGGGAGCGCCCGGCUAGGCGGGUGGUUGGAUACUCAGAAAGUCGAGUUUACGCACGAUGGCAAGAAGAAAUCCAUCCAGUUCGAGAGGGGGCCUCGCACCUUGCGGAGCUACGCCUCGGAGACGUGGAGGCUUGAUGAUUUGGUGAUUUACGGUCUUCUUCUCGACCUCGGUAUUGAACCCUCGUUCCAUCAUGUCUCGGGCCGAUACUUCUGCCUCGACGGCAAGAUUGUUUCCCCGACCAUGGCGAACCUCCUCGCCGACCAGAAACUGCGGAAGGUGUGGUUACCCGUUCUGAAGGCCUGGUUCCGGAUGAAGCGGAAGCGUCUCGGCACUUUCGAUGCCAUGCAAAGCAAGCAGCCGCCCAAGGACAUGUCCGUGGGCGAGUUCAUACGUAUGCUCGGCGGAAAGUCACCUCUCUUGGACCAGCUUGUCUCUGGAGGCCUGCACGGCAUCUGGGGAGGAGACAUCGACCGCCUAUCAAUGCCGAUGGUACUGCCCAAGUUUUGGUAUAAUUUCUGGUACAAGGAGAGCCGGAGCAACAUUCACCUGCCAGAAUCCGAGACUCGCUUGCUUCAUUACCUCCUCGCCGACGGGGCCGACGAGGUUCGAGCCCAGGAGAUUGUGAGGUUGGUGAAGCAAAGCCGCAAGGGCAACUUGAUGACCUUGCCUGGCGGCAUGUCUUCGCUGCCCAAAGCUAUCGCCGAGAAUCUGGGACAGAUGUCCGAUGUCACCAUCAACCUCGGCCAGCCUGUUACGGGCCUUGAAUAUGACGAGUCUAAUGACCAAAUCUUGCUCUCGACGUCCAAGACGACCUCUCCGAUGCGAUACGACAAGGUCAUCUCCACAAUUAACGCCAAGCACUUAUACCAGAUCGCCCCUGCGGAACUCCCAUCCCUCGCAGGGUCCGAAUCCGUCACCAUCACAGCCGUGAACCUUUUCUACCCCAAGGAAGGGUUGAACCACCCUUAUCGUGGGCUAGGCUACCUCGUCCCUCGCAAUGACGAGUCGUACCACGACAAGAACGGCCUUCUCGGUGUCUUCUUCGACUCGGACGCCUUGCCCAACGCCGCCGCAGAACCCAAGGGCACCAAGCUCUUCGUCCUCCUUCGAGGUUCACACGCUGAAGCAGACGCCGUCGCCACUGCCCGGGCCGUCCUGCGCGACCACCUAGGUAUCAACCCCUCCGAGCCAUGUGUCGCUCUCGCCCGCGUCAACGCCGACUGCCUCCCCCAGCACAACGUGGGCCACCGCGACCGCAUGGCUAAGGCGGACGCGGAGCUCGCUUCCGCCUUCCGGGGCCGUCUCGCCGUCGCAGGACCGUCAUACGCUGGCGUCGGCAUAGCCGGCUCCAUCCGCGCCGGCUUUGACAUCGCGUCCCAUACUCUCGGUGCUCUCGAGGGCCAUGUAGGAUCUACAGGCCUUGCUGAGUUCGGGGAGCAUGACGUGACCCCCGUUGACUACCUCUCGCGGGAGUCUCUGGCGUGGAUUGGGAGAAGAGUCCGUCCCGAGACACCAUUGUGGUGGCACCUCAUUCGGUAG